AACAGUUUGUAUUUUGCAAUUGGUGUAUUCCUCGUUCCGCAGCCCCUCCGCUCCCCUGUUCUGAAGGCAGGUCGGUUCAGAGCAGGCACUGAGGCAGAGGAGGUAAGAGGACUGCCUUAUCUUGGUGAAAGCCAAGCAACAAAGAUGGAGUCUGUUUACAACAGGAGGAGGUUCUGGAAUUGGUACCUAUCUUCAUUAAACAGGAGAUGCCUGAACUGGAGCCUGUCAACAUUAAAGAGACUGAACUGGAACCUGUCCACAUUAAAGAAGAGUCUACUGAUUUGUUAUUAAAACAUUCAAAGAACUCAUGCCAGUCAAAGAUAUCACAUCAUUGUACUGAAUGUGGGAAGAGCUUCAGUAAGUUAGGAGACCUAAAAAGACACCAGCGAAUUCACACUGGAGAUCGACCAUACCCCUGCAUUGAAUGUGGGAAGAGUUUCAGAGUGCUGGGACACCUAAAAACACACCUGCUAAUUUACACUGGAGAGAAACCAUAUCACUGUACUGAAUGUGAGAAAAGCUUCAGUUGGUUAGAAAACCUAAAAACACACCAGCAAAGUCACACUGGAGAGAAGCUGUAUUGCUGCACUGAAUGUGGGGAGAGUUUCAUUGAGUCAGGAACACUAAAGACACACCUACGGAUUCACACUGGAGAGAAGCCACAUCACUGUACUGACUGUGGGAAGAGCUUCAGUAUUUUAGGAAGCCUAAAGAGACACCAGCAAAUUCACACUGGAGACAGACCAUACCUGUGCGCUAAAUGUGGGAAGAGUUUCAUUGACUCAGGAAGGCUAAAAAUACACCAGCGAAUUCACACUGGAGAUCGACCAUACCUCUGCACUGACUGUGGGAAGAGUUUCAUUGACUCAGGAAACCUAAAAUCACACCAACAAAUUCAUACUGGAGAGAAGCCGUAUCACUGUACUGAAUGUGGGAAGAGUUCUAAUCGGUUACACAAUCUUAGCCGGCACCAGAGAACUCACACAGUGAACAAAAACCCGCACACAAAGAAAACCACUCUUGCUUCCUCAGCUACUCUCCUCCUUCUGGAACUCUCACCCUACUGGGAGGCUGAGGCCUCCUUUUAUGCCAGGUGGCUGGUGACUAAUUGAUUCAUUGAUUCAUUGAUUGCUCCCACCUGACGCAAUCAACCUGGGCAGGGAGGAGAAUUUAACUCCAUCCCCUCCAGUAUUUACAAGGGCAGAGCCCUGCUCUGCUACAGUCACUAAGAUUGUAAAUCUGUGUUUCAAUACAUUCAUUGUUUGAACCUUUUAUGUAAACUGACAUUUUCAUUGAGACAAAUCUUAAAUAAAUAAAAUAAGUUUAUUUAAUGUGUAAUUACCAUAAUUUUACUUCCAUACAUUUUGUAUGUUCAUUUUUAGAUACAAUAUUCAGUAUAGUGGGUUGCUGUGAGUCAGAGUAAUAGUAAUGCUGAAACUUCUAGAAACCAGUGCAUGCGUUCUUGUAAUCCCUUAUACCAUACAUUUUCGAUUGGAUUCAAGUCAGGACUUGACCACUCAAGAACAUUAAUUCUCUUCUUGUUCAACCACUCCAGUGUGUCUUUGGCUUUGUGCUUCGGGUCAUUGUCCUGCUGAAAUGUGAAUUUCCUCCCCAGUUUCAGAGUCUUGGCUGACUCAAACAGGUUUUCCUCAAGGAUUCGUCUGUACUUUGCACCAUCCAUUCUCCCCUCUAUCCUGACAAGCUUCCCCAUAACAUUUUGUGACCUUUCAAACAAAUCAUUUGCACCCGAGCUGAUUUAGGGCUGCAGUAGCAAAGGGGUUGAAUACUUAUGCAACUGAGAUUAAUCUGCUUUUCUCUGUAAAUCUUACUUAUUUAUAUUCUAUAUGCAUUUAUUUAACUUUAUCAAUGUGGAGUAGUUUGUGUAGAUUCUACAUGUAAAGUCUAAUUUGAAAGCGUCGUGGAGUACGCUCAGGUGUCAACAAAAGGUGAAAACUUUGCAGGGGGGUGAAUACUUCUGCAAACUACUGUGUAUACAUAUAUACUGUGUAAGAUAAUCACGGUCCGUGAAUGUGUAGCGGAAACUGCAACUUUUAACACAAACCACAACUUUUUAUAGUUGCCACAACUUUUAACGUGACUACAAUGUUUCUAUUACUGUUAUGUAAUUUCGUUGUAAAAUAAUGCUGAAAAAUAAGCAAACAGAAAAGGAAACGUCACUCUCACAUUGUCUUUUGCUAGUGGGGGAUUGGUAUGCCUUGUCAUCCUCUCUAGCCAAUCAGUGAUCUUCUUUCCUGUUGCUAUGGUUGCGAUAUAAUGUGUGUGUCAACAGGGGACUGCUGUGAUGAUGAUGUGGAUGCGUGAUUGACAGGAGACCGAGACUGGAAGGUUGGGACU